AUGCGCAGACAGCAAAGUCCUGAUGGCCAGACAGAGCCUGCCAAAGGGAAGUCUCGCUUGUACUCGCUGCUCCGAUCGAUCCAAACAGGCCAUGUCAUCAACACCAUCUGGGCAAGCGAAGGGACUGCCCUCUGCAGCGUGCAGAUGAGCCUGGUCAAAGUCUUCCUCAUUUGGCCUUUGAAGGCGGUUGCACCGCUUUCCUACAUGUACUGGGCCUGGCGACUGCUGCGCAGUUUGUCCGGGCGCUCCGUGCAGCGCGCGCAGCCACAGGGUGCCCUUGCAAUACUCCGCGCAGCCUUGAUCUGGGGGCUGCAGGAGUCAUUUUCCUUCCUGUUGGGCUUGGAAGUCUUCUUCUACCUGUACUACCUCUACAAGCAUGCAGCUUUGCAGGCAUGCAGUGCUGUUUACCGAACACAAAGCCUUGCUAAGGCUUCAAGUUCAGAGGCACAGGCAGCGUUCGCCUUGCCUGGCAGGCACCUGCAAUCCCUCCAAGGAUGCCGCCAGGCAAGUCUUCCGCUUGGUCCCAAGCUUGCCUUUGAGCGGAGGAAGACGGAAAGGCUUGCAAGCACUGUGAGCAAUGCUUGUGACUGUGACACGGGAAGUGCUUGGAAGUCGGCUCGCCAAAUCUUUAGAGAACUCAACCCGCUCUUGCUUCGAGCUGACGUGCUCAUGUACUACACUUGGUGCCUGCGAUCGCGUGCCGAAGUCGGGGUGGGCCUUCAGGUUUUCGUUGACCUCCAGGUGGAUCGCCUGGACCCUCGACCGCUUCGACAGUCUGGUUCGUGUUCGAUCUUCGGCUGGGGAUUGACUCGAUCUGCAUUGAAGCACAUCUUGGGCUUGUGCACAUGGUGUGAGCAACAGGGGAGGCACAUGGAACAGCUAAAGAAGCGAAUGUAA